AUGUCGCCAAAAGAGCCGUGGCUGACUAAAACCUUCCUUGCCUCGUUAUUCCUGGGCAUCGGCGGGUUUCUCUACGGCUUCCUCGCCCUAGGAUCAUUCAACACGUAUUUUGACAAGCCUAACGCGCCUCUUCGCGGUGCCAUCGUAUCAGUUUACCAGGCUGGAGCAUGGCUUGGCAGCGCCUCGGUGGGCGUAACCAGCGAUAGGUUUGGUAGGCGGAAGGCCAUCGCCUUCGGGUGCGCCUGGGGAGUGCUUGGAGGCGCACUCAUGGCUGGUGCCGCGCACGUUGCGAUGCUCAUCAUCGGCCGUCUCUUGAUCGGUUACGCCGUCGGUACCAUUACUGGAGUGGCUCCGGUAUUUGGAGCUGAAAUUGCUAAGACAAGCGAGCGUGCCAGGAUCACGGCUGUCAACCAGAUGAUGGUUGCCUGGGGGUUCUUCGUCGCCUUGUGGACCGGUGUAGGGGAAGGCAAAUGGGCCAACGCAAACCAGUGGCGGCUUGGCUUCGCCAUUCAGGCCAUCCCCGCCCUCAUUCUCGGCAUCGGUGUCCUCUUCAUCGCGGAGUCGCCCAGAUGGCUUUGCCUGAAGGGCCGUUAUGAAGAAGCCGAGGUCUCCUUCCGGAAGUGGCACGACAACGGCUCGAACGACGACUGGUGCCGGACCGAGUUCGCCGUCAUCCAGACCAGCAUCGCCGAAGAAGUCCAAGCACAACACCGCCUCGGUUGGGCCGACCUCGUCCGCACACCCCCAUUCAGGAGGCGCCUGUUCGUUGGGUCCUUUGUCUGGGCCGCCGCAAUGCUUUCCGGUAUUAGCUUCGUUCAGUACUUCCAGACCGCCAUCUACGCCACAUUGCAGUUUGACCAGGAUCAACAGCUGCUUGUCAGCGGAUUGUACGGCUGCGUGGCACCCGUUGCUUGUAUUCUUUCCCUCUUCUUUGUCGAUAAAAUCGGCCGCAAGAAGAUCCUGGUCACCAGCUCGGCCCUGCUCUCGGUGUCGUAUCUCAUCAUCACGAUUCUCGCCGCCUUGUACCCCGCGGUGCCGGGCAUGCCCACAAACCAAGCUGCUCAGAAGGCCUUGAUUGCUUGCAUAUUUUUGGUGUCAGCCAAUUAUUCAGCGUUGUUAGGCCCCAUGACCUGGAUUAUCCCGCCCGAGGUCUUCACAACCGAACUGCGCGCCAAAGCCAACGCUGUCGUUCAGGUCAUUCAUUACUCCAUCAGCUUGAUCAUUACGCAAUGUUCCCCCAUUGCCCUCGAAAGGGUCGGGUGGAAGUAUUACAUUCUCUUCAUUCUCACCAACGCUCUAUGCGUGGUUGUUUUUGCGUUUGCCUACCCUGAGACAAGAGGCAAAUCACUGGAGCAAAUCGACGAGAUCUUCGGCGACAUCCCAAAGAAGCACGACGUUGAGUUCAACUCCCGAAAAGGAAGUGAUUGA